UAGUCGCAAUAACGGAAUGGCAAGUGACGCGACACCCAGACGUUCGUCGUGUUAAUUCGAAUAAUAAAAUUAAAUCGCGCCUAUAUUUAUGGUGUUUUAAAAACUUACAUCUACUUCUAUUAAUAUCAUACCAAUCGGUCUUUUGCAGCAGUCGCCGUUACAAUAAUGGACUUGCGUUUCUAUUUCGUCGUCAACAUUUUAACCGUGCUGCUAAUUCACGAAGUCGUGUUCUCACAAUGUGAUUUGAAAACCAAAACGAAUAAUCAUUUCACUAAAUCUAAUGUUGAUGGAUUUCGAAGAAAAGAAAGACAAACACCAGAUCCAUCCCGUAUGUAUUUACCACCGAAGAUAGAUUCUGUCGCAUCUAGUGGUUUUGGAGGACAAAUAGACGCAUCAAUUAAUUUUGGUAAUGGCAGCAAUGGUUAUGGAGAAAUUGAAAACGUCCAAGACACAUCUACAGUAAAUCCAACAACAGAUUUUAAUAAUUAUGAUCUAUCGCCCACAACCAUCAAUGACGAGAGUGAUACCGAAACUUCUCUAGGAUUAUUUGAUACAAUUACUCGUACAUCAAAUGGACCCGUUGCAUCAUCCUUAGACCAAAGUAAUGACUACAGUACUUUAUCGCCAGGAGGAAACAAUUUCGGGCAAAUUUUGAACAAGAAUAAUGAUGAUAAUAGUGGUGUAAAUUUACCAGAAGCUAACAAUAACUAUGGAACUUCAUUGGGCACAACUUCGAUACCAACUAAUAACGGUGUUACUUCAGAGACGGGAAUGGCAAACGGUUACGGACAAAACGAGCUAUUGAAAACUGCUCAAAGUCAAGGACCGUCCAAAUAUAACUACAACGGAGCAACGACAGAUAGUCAGUUUGGUCAGAAUCCUAGCACAGUCGGCAAUCAGUAUAGUCAGCAAGGUACAGUUGAGAACACAGCAGGCGGUUAUGGUAACAUAGAUCUUAGUACAUCAAAAAGUGUGCUGAAAAAUAAUAAUCGAAUUAGUGAUCAGAAUGUCUACGGUCAAGGAGGUAACGGAAAUAUUGAUCCAAACAAAGGUCAAUCAUUUUCCGUAGACAACAUUGGUUAUGGUGACACAGUACCCAACUCGUUUGGUCAUAAAUAUACAAACGGCGAGUACUCGUAUAGUCAAAAUGGAAAUGGAAAUAUGCCUAAAUCACAGUUAAGCAUUGAAAAGAGUAUAGACAUCUCAAACAAUCUGCCUUAUAUUAGUUCAGUUCCGAACAUCCAAACACAAGAUAAUCCAACAAGUAAAAGUACAUCGCAGUCCAACAAUAUCAUUAAUGGAAAUUAUGAACGAAAUGAGUUUCCCAAUAGUCGCGAUUUUCGAGCUGGAGGAUAUAACCCAGGAGUAUCAUCUUCCGGCUAUGAACAAUACCCCAGUGGAUCGAAUCAAGGCAUCUCAGCAACAUCUCAAACUUAUGGACAAAAUGAUUUUGAAAGACCAAACUCCAAUUCUUAUUCGUCGAAUUCCAAAAAUUUACUUUAUUCUGGAGAACCAUUCAAUCAAUUAUUGCCAAUUAAUAAUGGAUUUAAACAAAGUUCGACUAACGCAUAUAAUCAAAAGCCUACAGGAAUAAAUAAAAAUCAAAUUGCUGAUACCUCCACUGUUGGCUCUCUAAGUUUCAAUUCUGUAGGAACUAGUAGUGGAAUACAGUCAUCGGGAACAUCAUACCAAAAUUCAUACGGCCAGAUUCCACCUGAAGUUCAAAGUUUCAAUCAAGAACAAGGUUCAUCAAAUUACGAAGACGGGUUCAAUUUAAACCCUCAAAGUCAAUUACAAGGUUCUAACAAUUUUGGACAGUCGGGAUCUCAUUCGAUUGGAUAUGAAGAGAACUAUAAUCAGAUUUCUCCAGCGUACAAUGAAUUUAAUCAAAAUCAACAAAACCAACAGCUAUCAAAUAGCUACGGGCCACCAACAAGAUUUUCUCAACCGUUCAUAAACGGAAGAAAUCCUGUUCAAAAUCCAUCAAGUGGAUCAGCGAACAGUGAAUAUAAUAACCUAGGUAGACCGUCGAUUGGACCUUAUGUUAAUGAUCAAAGCCGUCCCACUACAUCACGAAUAUCAAAUAACUAUAGUCAAACUAGAUUUCAACCAUCGUCUUCUAGUGGAAACGGUUAUAGCCAAAAUGAUUUAAUUCCACCCUUACGCGAUCAACAGUAUCAGGAAAGUUUAUCAAACGUAUUAAACGGUUUUGAACAAAAUAGCUUGAGUACACCAGGAGGACGACCUAACAACUAUGGUCCCGUAGGAUUUCAGUCAUUAUCCACGACUAGCAACAACUUUAAUCAAAAUUCUCCAACAAUUGAUGCUUAUUCUCAAGGAGCACUACAAGGUUCAAAAUCUUACGGACAAAACGUCGUUAAGCCCUAUUCCGUAAAUAAAGGAAAUAUAGCUACGACUCAAUUAGCUUUUAGUCAAAAUGGCUUGUCCAGACAGAGUUCAGGUCAAGAAAGUUCCAGUUCACUUCCAGGUUACGGUCAAAAUAUAGGGCCUUGUGCUUCCAGAAAUGGCGGAGAUGCCAGCAAAGACAAAACAAGUAAAGGAUCACCAGCAGAUCCUGGCUAUGGAAUUCAAAAUCAAAAAAAUUCUGACUUACCGAGUUCAGGAAAUGGAGUACAAAUCUCUUGUAAUGGUAACAACAAUGGUGCUAACAACGGCGAACCAGGUGCAAAUUCUUUUUCAAACUUUGCGCCGGGAAAUCAGCCAAACCAACCAAUCAAUCCGGUAACUAAUUCUUCUACUGCUAACAACAAUGGUAAUAACUACGGCGAACCAGGUGCAAAUUCUUUUUCAAACUUUGCGCCGGGAAAUCAGCCAAACCAACCAAUCAAUCCGGGAGCUAAUUCUUUUUCAAACUUUGCGCCUGGAAAUCAGCCAAACCAACCAAUCAAUUCGGGAGCUAAUUCUUCUAAUGCUAACAACAAUGGUAAUAACCAAGGCGAACCAGGAGCAAAUUCUUUUUCAAACUUCGCACCGGGAAAUCAGCCCAACCAACCAAUCAACCCGGGAACUAAUAAUUGUGAUACGAAUAAGUAUGGCAAUAGCAUGAAUAAAGCAGUUGUAUCACCUUUAAAUACAGGUUACUAACAACUAUUUUAAGCUUUAGUUACUUGAGCAACAAACUAUUCAAUAACACUUAAUAAUUGCAUACAUUUUUUUUUUGUUUUUUUUU